AUGGUAAAAAAAAGAAUGACCUUGCUCAACAUGAGGAAGCUUCGUACAUCUCGAAUUACAUUGAGUUUGAGUAUGGAUAAGACAGAUUAUUACAAUAAGAGCAAUAUGUCAUACUGUAUGACUUUUCUUAACAUGGGGAACACGAUUUCAUCUCAUAUUAGAAUAGUAACAAGACAAGAUAGAAUCACUUUAUUAGAAAAGAAAGAGUGGUACAUUUUCUCCACUAGGUACGCAAACAAGGGAAGAGUUGGGCAGACUGAACUUUCCGUACAAUGUGUGUGGCGUAGGUGCUCGUGCAUGGGCGCUCGGAUGUAA